AUGGCCCCGGGCGUGCGGCGCCACAGGGCGGCCCAGGCGCUGUUUCUCGCAUUCGAAGCAGAUGACCUGUUCGGCGGCAGCGACAGCGCUGCCGGCGCGGACGGCGCCACAGGCUGGCCGCGGGCCGAGUUUGGCGCGUGGCUGCGGGGCGCCGUGGACGGCGGCUCGGGCGGCGCAGGCUCCGACGGGGCCGCCGCCGGCGCGGGGGCGCGGCUGGCGGAUGCGCAGGUGGACGCCGCGUUUGCUGACUUUGAUCAAGACAGCGACGGCACGGUCUCGCAGCAGGCGCCGUUGUGGGGCGCCGCGCUCGGCCCCUCGGGGCUGGCCGGCGCCGAGACGGGCGCCGGCGGCGCGGGCGCGGGGCGGUGCGUGGCGUGUGCGCUGGGGCAGCACUGCCCCGAGGGGUCUGUGAUGAGGGACGCGGACCCGGUGACCGCGCUGGAGUGCCCGGCCGGCGCCUUCUGCCCCUCGCCCGCCGAGGCCCGGCCGUGCCCGAACGGAAGCUUCUGCGGCGCAGGGGCCGCGGGCCCGAGCACCUGCGACAUUACGGGGCUUUUGAACAUGCGCAGCGGCGGCGGCAGCAGCGGCGGCAGCAGCGGCGGCGGCGCGACGGACAGCGGAUUUCAGAUCACCGAGCGGCGGAGCGUGCUCGACAUCGUUGCGGCGGGCGGGCAGGAGGUGGCCGGCAACUACUGUCCUGCAAACGCAACCAGCCCGCUCGAGCCAUGCAUGUAA